AUGGCCCGCGAGAUACCCGGGUUCAUCUACGAUGCAAGCAAAGGCAAAUACUUCCGCAUCCAGGAGAACCAUCGGAACACUCAACAUGUCGCCCAACGUGAUCGAUCAACCACGAAAUACUCGAGGGAAGCUGUCGAGGGACGAAGGCGUCUCGAGAAGGAGUCAGUGCCACGGAAGAAGCUGAAGCUUGGCGGAUCGGGGAGUUCAAGUCUGUCGGGCGGGUCUAGAAGCACAGCGGAUUCAAGUAUCCAGACUAAGAGUCUGAGGCGCCUGGACGACGAGAUCGAGCUACGCCUUCGACUUGGUACUGGAUCUUCUCGCCAGCGUAUGCAUGUUGGGGACUUGGUCAACGAACGUUAUGCUGCAUCGCUGGCACCUCGCCCAUUGUCGAACGGAUCGACAGAUUUUGUCAGUCCCAUGUUCACUAUCGACCCUCAUAACAAAGUUCUGUACAGCCACACGAGGUCUUGGAGGCAUCGCCCAGAGUUCUCCAGCACACCACUAGAAUACGAUUGUAAGAUCAACGGCGAGCAUGCGGCAUUUGGCUACAGAAGGAUCAACACCACAUCCAUUUUCGACUGCGAGAGUCUUCUCUUUGCCACGCCUCUUACGUCCGAAGUGGUGUUAUGGGGGACCGGCAAUACGAUUGGCGACAGAUCUCUGAACACAUCCACCCUCUACUCUGGACAGGGCACAGAUUUACCGUGGCACAGAUUCCGGGAAGACUUUGGCGAUUGGGGUACGACCACACGAACAAUUGCACCGCCUCAUAAAGUUGAAUUUUUCGGCGCAGCUACGUCAGGCUACGGCUCUGGGUCAGCAGACGACAUGCCCAGCGUGGCCAUUGCAACUUCCCGAGGUGUUGGCCUCCUAUACGAUGCGGCCGGGAGGCUGGUAAUCCGAUCCAGCUGCGGCUGCGGCCGCGGCCAGACAACUGAUGACGACCACGACCCAAAGUGCGAAGUCGUCAGUGUUGCCUGGCAGAGUAAGCACAUCUGGCUUGCGGGCACCAAGGGCGGACUUAUACAACUGGGUGAUGUCCGCGACCCUCACGCCCCUGUCAUACCCCGGAUCAGAACGCCUUACGGCGGAGCCAACCAUAUUGCGUCUGUCGGAAUCGAACUCGUGUGGGGCGUUCUGUCAUGGGGUGUCAAUGGCGCUGGAGUCUACGACUUGAGAUACUGUCGAGACAUGCUGUCAACGAAGAUGCCGAACGGAGAAAUAAAGUGUUCGCACGAGCUGACGGACCCACUGUAUACUUUCGAUGUUACACGCUACGGACACCAAUACUAUCAGCCCCUGGGCUGGGCAUACGACGAUUCCACAGGCAUAGUCGCAGCUGCACAUAGCACUUACAUAAACCAGAGCAAGAUUGCUCUUUGGGAUCUGCGGAGUGGGCAGCUUUUGACGACGAGGUCUGCGGGAACAGCAAGCGGUGGCGCCCUAUACUGUUCAGCGACGGGACUCGGCAAACACAACAAGAUAUACUUUGCGGACAACCUGGCUGAUCGGGAGUUCAAGGAUGAAGUGCGGUGUAUGCAAUUUGUGGAUUUGGAGGGCAGUGCAACGAAGAGUCUGGUCGUGAGCACGGAAGACAAGUUGGACAUCUGGGAGGUGUGA